UCAGUGAAAGCAUCUGUUGUUCUGCUGGACUUAAUCGGACACAUGAGGCAGAGAGAAGCUGCAGUUUAGUAAAAGCGCUUUGAGUCAUCUGGCUGGAGUCACAUCAAACCUACAGAGGCAGCAGAGAAGCGCUCAACGACCGAGAGAGAAAUUACAUUUGAGUUUUAGUUCUUUCAAGAGUUGGAAAAACUGUGCUCCAAUAGACUUUUUUUUUUUUUUUUUUGAAGUAUAAGAUUCGCUUACUAGAUCAAGCGUGCCCACAUGCUUCAGCGUCAUUUCCAGUUUCCCCUGAAGAGGAAUUUGGCACAUCAUUGUGAUAAAAGGGAUGAAUGAGGGCCGUUCUGCUCGCUUCAGAAGGUGCCACCUUGCCUUGUCCAAGGCCAACACCCUCAGUUCUGAUCCUGCCAGAGCUGCUCUCUCUGUGGAUGCGGGCGACCCCGCGGCCGCUCAGCCUGAGAGCGAGGCGGCGUUCCCCCUGUCUGAGCUCUCUCACCUGUUCGAGAGCGAGGAUGGCUCACCGUCAACUCAAGACACGAGUCAGGUUUCAGCCCUGGAGGUGGUACAGCCUGGCCAGCCCGCGGACAGCAGACAGAACCUGCGGAUGAAGUUCCAGGGCGCUUUCAAGAAGGGCAUUUCUAACCCCAUGGACCUGCUGGAAUCUACCAUAUAUGAGUCAAAUGUGGUUCCAGGCCCCAAGAAAGCGCCCAUGGACUCCCUCUUUGACUAUGGUACCUACGGCAACAUGAGCAACCAGAAGAGACGCAGGAAGAAGCUUCCAAGAGGUAAAACUGAGACAUCAUGUGAUGACGGCCAGAGCUCAGAUCCACCAAAGGUAGUGAAAACAUUCAACCGCUCUCUGCUCUUUGACUGUGUGUCACGUGGCGACCCUGGGGCCCUCGAGGGACUAUUGGAGUACCUGCAAAGUCAGGAAAAGCGGUUGACUGAUGAGGAGUUUAGAGAGCCAUCCACAGGUAAGACGUGUCUGUCCAAAGCCCUGAUGAACCUUUACGGUGGACAGAACAACACCAUCCCACUGCUGGUUGACAUCGCGGAGAAGACUGGAAACCUCAGAGAGUUCAUAAACUCUCCCUUCAGGGAUCUUUACUACAGAGGCCAGACGGCGCUCCACAUUGCUAUAGAGCGGCGCUGUAAGCAGUAUGUCGAGCUGCUGGUGGAGAAGGGGGCUGAUGUUCACGCCCAGGCGAGGGGACGCUUCUUCCAGCCCAAAGAUGAGGGGGGCUACUUCUACUUCGGUGAGCUGCCUCUCUCACUGGCUGCAUGCACAAACCAGCCUGACAUAGUGCACUACCUGACUGAGAAUCCGCACAAGAAAGCCGACCUGCGGCGCCAGGAUUCACGUGGGAACACGGUGCUGCAUGCCCUAGUGCACAUCGCGGACAACACCAAGGACAACACACGUUUCCUCACAAAGAUGUACGACCUGCUGUUAAUCAAGAGCGCCAAGCUCUACCCAGAAUGCAGCCUGGAGACAGUGUUCAACAGUGAUGGCAUGUCACCCCUCAUGAUGGCUGCCAAGCUGGGCAAGAUAGGGGUUUUUCAGCACAUUAUCAGACGUGAGAUCAAAGACGAGGAAGUUCGUCAUCUGUCGCGAAAGUUUAAGGACUGGGCGUAUGGUCCGGUGUACUCCUCCCUCUAUGAUCUGUCUUCAUUGGACACAUGUGGAGAGGAACCGUCUGUGCUGGAAAUCCUUGUCUACAACAGUCGCAAUGAGAACCGCCAUGAGAUGCUGGCAGUAGAGCCCAUAAAUGAGCUGCUGAGGGCAAAAUGGCAGAAGUUUGGUGCUGUCACCUUUUACAUCAGCGUGGUUUCCUACCUCAUCACCAUGAUCAUCUUCACCCUGGUGGCCUAUUACCACCCAACACAGGGAACGCCCCCGUACCCCUACAAAACAUCCUCAGACUACCUGCGGAUGGCGGGGGAGAUUGUGACCUUGGCAUCAGGAAUCUUCUUUUUCCUCACCAAUAUUAAAGACGUCUUCCUCAAGAAGUGUCCUGGGGUGAAGUCUUUAUUUAUUGAUGGAUCCUUUCAGCUGCUGUAUUUCAUCUACUCUGUACUGAUUGUAGUCACAGCUGCUCUCUACCUGUCUGGCAUUAAAGCCUAUGUGUCUGUGAUGGUGUUUGCACUUGUCCUGGGCUGGAUGAACACACUUUACUUCACCAGAGGCCUGAAGCUCACUGGCACCUACAGCAUUAUGAUACAGAAGAUUCUUUUCAAAGACCUUUUCAGAUUUCUGCUGGUGUAUGUGCUCUUCAUGAUUGGAUAUGCAUCAGCCCUGGUGUCCUUGUUGCCGGUGUGUCCUCCAUCAGACGCUGUGUGUGAUGGGGAUUGCCCCACCUACCCCCAUUGCAGGGACCCAGAUACUUUUAGUACCUUCCUACUGGACCUUUUCAAGCUGACCAUUGGGAUGGGAGAGCUGGAUAUGAUCCACAGCGCACAGUAUCCAGCAGUCUUCCUCAUCCUGUUGGUUACUUAUAUCAUCCUCACUUUUGUGCUGCUGCUCAACAUGUUAAUCGCUUUGAUGGGGGAGACAGUGGGGCAGGUGUCGAAGGAGAGCAAGAAGAUCUGGAAGCUUCAGUGGGCAACGACCAUCUUGGACAUCGAGCGCUCAUUCCCAGUCUGCCUCCGCAAGUCUUUUCGAGCUGGGGAGAUAGUGACUGUAGGGAAGAACUGGGAUGGCACACCUGACCGACGCUGGUGCUUCAGGGUGGAUGAGGUUCACUGGUGUCACUGGAAUCAGAACCUGGCGAUAAUCAACGAGGAUCCAGGCAAGAGCGAAACCAGCCAAGCCAAUGUGUUGCAGCAGGGUGUUGGAGUCUUGAGGAGAGAUCGCUGGUCCACAGUGGUCCCACGAGUGGUGGAGUUAAGUAAGGGACGUGAGGCAGUGAUAGAGGUGUGCUGACGCCUGCAGAUGACUAGGGCAGUCCUUCUUGUAAAGAGACAGUAGAGAGCCAUCAGCAUCAGUGACAUCACUCUGCUGGGGACAGUUUGGCCAAUAAGUGCACUAAUUUGCACAAAUCUCAUGUGCCUUUUGUUCACAUAACGUAUUGUAAAUAUUACAGUAAGACAGUCAGUGUAAUAGGUCUGUGCCCACACCGAAACACUGGAAUGUUCAGUGUCUGGAAAAUAACUCAACCCAUGAUCUGAAAAAAAAUAAAGAGAGUAAAAAACACCAGCCCUGACAUUUAAAAAAAAAAAAAAAAAAAAGGAGGAAAAGGUGGCAUUAAUGAAACAGUAAGCUGUAUAAUCAGUUUUUUACUCACAAAGAAUAGGGAACAUGUCAUGAAAAUGUACUGUAUUUCUACAUUUUAGACAUCAGAAGCUGAUCACUCAGGGAUUGAAGAGUCAAAGUAUUUCAGCAUUUCCAGUCUCAUUACAGUUUUACAGAGAAGAGAAUCAUGGCUUCUCUAAUAGCAAGUAGAAGCACAAUUACUGUAUUAUUGCAUCAGCAGUGUAAACAAAAGUUUUGAUAAAAAUGCCAUUUAUGAAUAUAAUUGCAAUACAUAUUUAUAGAGUGAAUAGAAUUCAGCUUUUAGUUGCUUGAUUAAUAUUUAAAAAGAUCCUCAAUGAUGUGUUCAUAAAGAGUAAACUGUAUAUGCUGAUUUGAAUGUUUAUUUUUCAGGCUGUUAGGGUUGGGGGAGUGUAUAGAAACAGGACAUAUCUACUUUAUACAGUAUAUAUUUUCUUUCCAUUUUCUAUUUUGUAUCAAUCAAAUAGUUUCCAAACUAUGAAAGUCUCAGGCUUGGAAUGCCAACUCAGGCAGCACAGCUUUCAUUUGAACUGAAACAAUGCACUGUGCCAAUUUCUGAUGUGUGCAUUAUUAUAUGAAUACAAAGACAUUGUUCUGAACAAGAUGGGCAUGAUGAGCAGGUUGUAGUUGUCAAGCAAAUGUGCAAAUAUGAGACAAUAGCCUUCUGUAUUAUGGUUUGUCUUUGAAUUUCUAGAGUUAUUGUUCCUUUGCAGCUGGGGUAUUUGCAUAAUCAAGUCUCAGGCCUUGCCAUUAUGUACUUCCCUCUAUUUGCUGCAGUGUUUUCAUUGCAAUUGGCUCCUUGCCCUAUACAGCGUCUUGUUUAUGCGCCUCUACUGUACGUAUGCAUGUAUUUGUGUUAUUGCACUACAUGACAGGGUUUGAUUAAGAGCAGAUAGACCAUGCAGUCUAUUUCCACUGAUUCAUUGCCGUUGAAGGUCACAGGUCAUUGUUCACUAUGUUUACAUUGCUUUUAUAAAGAGACGUGUCUAUGCAUUUUUAUAUGGUCUGUACAUUGCUGCACAGAACAAUAAACACUGAAUUUAUUUUGUAAAGCA